AUGGCCAACUCCUCGGCCCUCUUUAAAGCAUUCGUAGUGGGGUCCCCGGUCUGCAUUCUCCUACUUAAUGAAAUAAAAAGAGUGAAGCGUCUAAGAGACGACGAAAAGUUAAACAAAAGCUUGUUUAUAAAAAAUUUCCACAAAAGUAACAUCACCAAGAAGGGACCAAAUGGGAGUGAUCACAGGGGGGAACCCAAGUCUGACCAAGUCAGUGCCCCCGAGGGGGAGGAAGAAGAAGCGCUGAACUACUUUUACGGCAAAGCAUGGGGAUACACCACCGAUUACGAAAUUGACUUGAGCUUAAAUACAGGCGAUUUAAUUUUUAUAAAGUACGACUUAGAAAAUGUAAAUUUAAUUAAAAAGGUUCUUCUAAAAAUGAACAGAUACGUGCAACAGAGAAGCAACAGCAAUAGCAGUGUGGACGACUACGACGAGGUGGGGAUCAUUUUAAAAAAACAUAACAUCAGUUAUGUGUACAUUCAAAAUGUCCUAAAUGGGAAAGACAAGUUAAUUCGCUAUUCUCAUUUUUUGCAAAAAUAUAAACCCACCGUUUUAUCUCUCAGAAGAUUCAUUACAGAUGAUGAGGAAAUAAAAAAGGAGUUGCACAAAAAUAUUUUACAAAGUGUAGAACAAACUGUGCAACAAAGUGUAGAACAAACGAAGAUAAGGAGCUCCUCCAUUUUGUUUAAUCUUUUGCGUAAUGUGUGUAGGCAAAGGAUACUCAUACGUCGCAAUGCGAAUGACUCUCCCCCAAAAAAAGAUUGCCUUUGUAAUGAUAGCCACUCCAUGUGUAAGCAAAUAAGCUACAAUAUAGACGCGAACAACUUAAUUAAUAUGCUCAUCUUCCGAUCGUUUAAUUUGUUCUUUUAUUUUGUUUCCUACCUGAAUGAACAAGCGUUGAAAUGUAGUCCACUUGCCCCUGAGCAUGUUCUUUUGCAAAAUGUCUCCUCGGAUGUACCCUGUAGGGGGAAGGGGCACUCUUGCAUAAUUGAUAAUCAAAAUGGCCUACAAGGUUAUGAGUUCCCAGUGGGUAAUUCCCUGACGCGAUUUGAAUUCAUCGAGGGGGACUCUUCAGAGGUGGCGAUCCCGGGUGACACCCCCAACCGUAAGAAGGCAAGCAGUUUUUAUAACCCCCCAAGAGAAGUCGCCAAAGAAAUGGAAAACUUCCUCUCGCUGCUUCUCGAAAAUGAAUACACACUGAUGGACUCCACAGAGUAUAUGAACAGAGUGCUACGGAAGGGAAGAAACCACCCAACGGAGGAUGCUCACAAGGAAGGGCAGCCAAACCAUUUUGCAAAUAAAAUGAAAAAGCAAAUCGAAAAGGUCUCUCUAAUGUUUAAAAGAUCCUCCGUAACAAAUUCUCAUGUUUACGAAAUUUACAGAAAUACGAAUUUGCUGCCCUCCAUAAAAAAUUAUGAUCCUCCCCCUUCUCUCUUUUUAUGUUUAAACAAUUUUUACAAACCCAUCAACGGGAGGAAUAUACAGCGUGAUACGUUCAGCGUGCCCAAGCUGACCAACCUCUUUCACGUACGGCAGGAGGAGGCCGAGAAGUUGCAGAGAUAUUUCUACCAGUUCAAUAGGGUCCCCAAGUCCUAG